AUGUCGAACCAGUCGGGCAUUACUGCAGACGAGAGUCUUCUAGGCAGCUUCGGCUCCUUGGCAAACAACGAAUCCCCUAGCGACGUGGUUGUUGCUGAGAUCUCCUCCGACAACACGACCGUGAAAUUAUGCACCACGCUCUCGAACGCCGCAGAGCUUGAAAUCUUUGCCAAGCGCGAAGAACGCCCGCUGUACGUUUUCAUCCGCGACUCCGGCCGCAUCGUCUUCAUCUCCUAUGUUCCCGAGAGCGCCCCUGUGCGUUCCAAGAUGCUGUAUGCGUCCACGAAAAAUACCGUCUUGCGGCAGGUAGGGUCGAACCACAUCUCCAAACAGCUGCUGGCUUCGCUGCCCGAGGAAUUGAGCCCCGGGUUCUGGAGCUCCGACGCUUCUGACGAGCCCGCGCCACUGACAGAAGCAGAGCAGAUCAGUGCCCGUAUCUCCAGCGAGCAGCGCAUUGAAUCCGCGAGGGGCGGCCGCCAGCUCGUGUCCCAGACGGGAGGCACCUCGCACACCCUGUCUUUCAAAAUUGCCAGCGGCGAGCCCAUCCCCAGCCUCCUGGAACAACACAACUUUGUGAGCUUCAAGAUCAACCUGGAAAAAGAACAAGUCGAGGUGCUAAGCACUGCCCAGCUGCCCGGUGCUCGCGAAGUCCCACGUAGUCUGAGCCAAAACCACCCCACGUACAACAUUUACAAGAACAACGGCAAGCUGCAUUUCAUAUACAGCUGCCCUUCAGGGUCAAAGGUUAAAGAGCGUAUGUUAUACGCGUCAAACAAGUCCGGGUUUGUCAAGCACCUCAAAGAGAUGGACCACCUGACCAUGGAGACGGUCCUCGAGAUCGGAGACUCUGAUGAGCUGGAGAUCUCAAUGCUGGAGAAAUCGUCGCCUGCGACUUCCGAGCACGGCAACCCCGCGCCCGGGCAGCUCAAGUUUAACAGGCCCAAGAGACCUGGUAGAAGAUCAUAA